UCAGAUUAUCGGGUUUACAAAAACUAACAUCUGUAUUUCGAAUGUUGGCAUAUGAUGUACCAGCAGAUGCUACUGAUGAAUACAUUAAAAUAGGCGAAUCUACAGUUUUAGAAAGUUUGAAACGAUUUUGUCGUGCUGUUGUGGAGGUGUUUGGAAGUCGCUAUCUUCGAUCACCUGAAGCUGAUGACGUUGCAAGGCUACUCCACAUUGGUGAACGACGAGGUUUUCCAAGAAUGUUGGGUAGUUUAGAUUGUAUGCACUGGAAGUGGAAAAAUUGCCCAACAACUUGGGGAGGACAAUAUGCGGGUCGUAGUGGAUCACCAACUAUUAUUCUUGAGGUUGUAGCUGACUAUGAUCUUUGGAUAUGGCAUGCAUAUUUUGGUCUACCGGGAUCUAAUUAUAUUAAUGUGUUGGAGACAUCCCAUCUUUUUGCUAAUCUUGCUGAAGGUAUAGCUCCACCAGCUAAUUAUGUCAUUAAAGGAAAAUCGUACAAUAUGGGCUACUAUCUAGCUGAUGGUAUAUCUCCAAAAUGGUCUACUCUGGUUCAAAGUAUUCAUGAGCCACGGGGUCCAAAAAAAAUUAUUUGCAAUGAAACAAGCAGGAUGUAGAAAAGAUGUCGAACGUGCUUUUGGAGUAUUGCAAUCAAGAUUUGCAAUUGUGGCAGGACCAGCACGCUUAUGGAAUAAAAAAAUAUUACAUGACGUAAUGACUUAGUGUAUUAUCAUGCAUAAUAUGAUAGUAGAGGAUGAACGUGAUGUUAAUGCAACUAUUGAAGAACGAGUUGAAAUGCCUAGUCCAAAAGUUGAGAUGGUGGGUGAUGACAAUGUUCGAUUCCAAGAAUUUCUCGCUCGACAUAGAAAAAUUAAAGAUAAAGAAGCCACAUUAAACUUCAAAAUGCAUUAAUUAAGCACCUAUGGGACGAGUAUACUAAUUCUUAAAAUUAGUAUAAUUUAGUUAAUAUAUUUAAUGUGUGUUAUUUUAUGGAGUUAAUUAAAUGUAAUUUAUUUUGUAAGAGUAAAAAUUAAAUGGAAUAUUUAUUGCAAAUGAAGUAAUAUUAAUAUUUUUACUAAUAUAAAUAUUUGGCUAUAAUAAAUUAUUAUUAUCUAUAUAUAAUAUAAAGGAAAGCACAAAAUAAGUUUAUGUGACAUCUUAGAUUUUUUUUAUUCUAUUUUUAAAAUUUUGUGAAUUUUUUCUAUUUUAUUUAGAAAACAACUACAAAAACACAUGAAACUAAAUGUCCCACAUUGUUUAUAAAUGAUGUAGGCAUCAUCCAUGUAGGUUAUAAAUAUUAUUCUUUUUAUGUCAUAUUAAUUCAUCCAAAAGUAUUUUUGUUUAUGGGUGGUUGAUUAAUUUCUUACCCUAUGAGUUUUUAUUAUCUUAUUUUUAAUGUCUUAUAGUUUUUUAUCUUUCAUUUAAUAUACAUUUCAUAAUUUAUAUUUUUAAAAGUAAUUAUCUAAUAAAUAUUUGUUUUAUAAGUUUUUUAUAUUUGAUGUAAUAUAUAAUAAUAAUAUACAAUUUAUUAUGAGUUAAUUUUAUUUCAAGAUUAUAUAUAUAAUUCUAUAUUUUUAAUAGCCAAAAACAUAUUCAAACUAAAUUAUUAAAAUGAAACUAAACGUUAUUUUUUUUUCUCAAUAUAUAAAGAAAAAUAUAAAUCAAAUGAGAUGUCAUCUUAUGAACAUUUUUUUACUAUUUAUCUAUUAAUAUUUUAUUUAUUUUAUAAUAUGUCUUCUAAGUAAUGUAUAUAUACAUAUAUUUUGUAAGAGUCUCACAUUGUUUACAAACUAUGUGAGUAUUAUACUUAUUAACUACAAGUAAACACAAUAUAUAUUAUAUUUCAUUAAAAAAAUACUACAAG